UUGUAUACCUUCUCCGGCGGCAGCAGGUCGCUGUGGUUGUGUAUACUAAUUAUUAUUAUUAUUAUUAUUACGCGCUCGUGCUCGGUGUUUUCUCGCGCAGUACAGCGGCAGCAACGGCGACGGUAGUGCGUGCGUAUCUCAGUCGCGGCGUACAGUGACGUGACAAUACAUCGCCUUGUAUUAUUUUAUUUUAAUCAUACGUUUGAAUUAUAAUUAUAUUGUUAUUUAUUUAUAACGUCGUUAGUAAAACAUCUUGUACACGAACGAGUAGAUCAAUCUUACGUAAAUUCAAUUUUAAUUAAAAAAAAUCUUAUUGACGGUCUUAUUUCCGGCUGGCCGAAAGCUCCGGAGAGAAGAAGUUGUGAUAGUUUCUUUGCGGUUCUAGCGUCUUCGGUACUUUUAAUAAAUUGUAUAAGAAUAAAUAAAGAUCCAAAACAGUUUACGUAUACAGUCGAGUGCGUUAUUUGUGUCGGCGUCUCGCCAGCCAUAAAUGUCAUCGGCACCGUCCGAACCCAUACCAUCAGCACCGUCAACGCGAUGAUUGCUUCGGAGACCCGUAACCAUUGCGCCGCCGUAGUCAUGGAUUUGAGCACGCGGGCCAGUUCCGGCGGUGGAGGCGAUUCCAACGACGGCGGUAACCACGGUCGCAGGCGUAGCGGCGGUGGUAGACCGGCCAAGUCGGUGUUUUCCAUCAGGAGUUUGGUCGGCGAGGACACCGUUCGCGGCCAUUGCGACCGAGACGUCGACGGCAGCGGCGACGACGACGACAAGGAGGAUCACGUAGCAGCAGCAGCGGCAGCGGCGGCAGCAGUGUCGGUGGCGGUAUCGGCGUCGGGAGUGUCGGCUGCAGUGGCCGCAGUGGCGUCGGCCAACGAGGGCCACGGACUUCAGAAAGACGAUCAUCCGCAGUCGGGAGAGUGUGCGCUUACGCACGCGGCGGUGCCGUUCGACGAUCAGCGACGCACGGCCGCGGCCACCGCAGUGGCCAUGGCCGCAGCCGCGACCAUGAUGCGAGAGAGGUCCGCCGUCGUGGCGGCGGCGAUGGCUGUUCAACAACAACAACAACAACAACACAAGCAACAGCAACAGCAACACCAGCAAAUGCAACAACAGCAGCAACACUGUAGGUCUUUGAUGGCGGCCGGUGGCGGUGGCCGCGGUCCGGCGGCCGGUUACGAUUAUUAUUCGUCACCGCCGCCCGGUUACUACGGCGGCGCCGUGGACGGCGACGAUAACGGCGCGGACGACGACAUGGAAAACGGCGACGACCACGCCGACGGCGGCGACGGCCGAGACGGAAUCGUGGACAUGAGCGGCGGCGGCCACGACGCCUCGGCGGACAACGAUGACGAUUGCUACGGCGGCCCGCCGUCCGCGGGCGGCACCAACAAGAGGAAACAGCGCCGGUACCGGACCACGUUCACCAGCUACCAGCUGGACGAGCUGGAGAAGGCGUUCGGCCGGACUCACUACCCGGACGUGUUCACCAGAGAGGAAUUGGCGUCGAAAAUAGGACUGACCGAAGCCAGAAUACAGGUGUGGUUCCAAAACCGACGGGCGAAAUGGCGCAAACAGGAGAAAGUCGGUCCACAGGCUCACCCGUACAGCGGCGGCGGCAAUCCGUACUUGGGCGUGCCGAAUUCCAUGUCGGCCGGCCGCCACAGCCCGUCCGCGGCCGCGCUUAGCCCGCUGCCGGCCAACCCGCCGUUCAUGAUGACGGGCGGCAUGGGCCUGGGCGGCGGUGGCCCGCUGGGAAUGGGCAACAUCGGUCUGGGCAGUCACCAUCUACUGCACGCCGGUCACCACCAUCACCACCAUCACCAGCAGCAGUUGCAAGCCGCCGCCGCCAUGGCCGCCGCGCUCCGCGGCCACCACCACCAGCACCAUCAUUCGGGCAACGGCGGCGGGGCGGGCAGGUCGUCGCCACUGCCGCCGACUUCGCAAGCCCUGUCGACCGUGGCCGCGGCCGCCAUGGAACUGCAACUCCAGCAACAGCAACAGCACCAACGCAGCAACGGGGCCGCAGCGGCCGCGGCCGCGGUCGCCGCGGCGGCAGCCUCCUUCCGCGGUUAUACGCCUCAGCUGCAGCAGCAGCAGAGAUCGCCGCCCGGAAACGACAGCGCUCCGACCACCCCGCCCGCGCCCAACAGCAACUCGCCGCCGCCCACGAUUCCGCUCCAGCCGACGCUCUACCAUCCGGCCCCGGUGCAGGCCGCGCCGCCGGCCGUGCCGUCUCCGCACCAUCUGCACCAUCACCAUCCGUACGCGGCCGCCUAUCAUCAACACCUCCGCGGCGGCGCCGGUGGCCAAGGGUACCAACACCACCACCAACAGCAACAGCAGCAACACUUCAACAGCCUGCUGGCCAACAUGGCCAUGGCCGCGGCCGCCAUGCGACCGUCCGCCGGCGGUGCUCGGUCGCCGCCGCCGCCGCAGCCGCUGUCUCUAGCGCAACCGACGCCGUCGGCCAUACUGCCCCCGCCCCCGCCGCCGCCUGCAGGUCUGCUCGCCGUGCCGCCGCCGGCCCCGCGGUCCGACGCGUCCACCACGUCGCCGCCCGCGGUGGCCGCGGUCCGCGGCGGCGGCAGUCGGAGCUGCAGCGACAGGAGCAGCCCGGCCGGUUCGGACGGCGGCGACGCUUCUCCGGCCGACCCGCUGGCCGCGGCCGCAGCCGCCGAACUGAACCGCAGGUCGUCCAGCAUAGCGGCGCUCCGCAUGAAGGCCCGCCGUCACCGGGACGAGAUCCGCUUGCGCGGCGGCAGCAACGCCGGUGACGACGUCGCGGCCAACGGCGGCCGCUGUUCUUCCUCGUCGUCGCUGUCGUCGUCUACCUCGUCGUAAUCGCACCACGAGCCCUCUCAUCCCCGCCGAUGUCAUUAUUUUCAACCCUAAACACGUCCCUCGGGGCGUAGGGUUGAAUAUUAUUAUAAUAAUAUACGGUAAAACGUUGACGACGGUAACGGGGAGAUGUGUUUGGCAUCAAUUUUUUACUAUACAUAUAGUUACAUAAAUAUUUAAGGUUUAAUAUUAUAACUACGUCUUCGGACGUCAUAUAUUAUGUUAAUCGUUGUACAGUGUGCAGGUUACACGUUAAUUAUUAAUUCUGUUUAAAAGUAAGUAUGUAUUAUUACGAGUACGCGGCUAUAUAAUUUAUAGGGUCUAUGUGUAAGUACUGUCGCUACUACUGCCGAUGAAGUAUAUUUUCGUAUUUUCAUUACAAUAUAAUUUUUACCGUUCUGGAACGGCCGCCGCCGGCAGCCAAUAACGCAGCGAUAUUAUAAUAGAUAGGUAUACGGCGCUAUUAUAUGAUGAUGCGAUGAUAUUAUUAUUAUCGUGCGUAUUAUACGAAUCGCUCCCGCGUAUAAAAUAAUUAAAUUUAAUAACGAUUAGGUCGGUUUUUCAUUUCUUUCGUUCCGUCACUGCAACGAUGAAUCGGGAGGCGGAGAAAUCGGCCCCGCGGUAUUCGCUGCGCCUCCCGAUAAAGUUAGGUUUUCACGCCGCAUGCCCCCUCCCGCGCGACGACAACGGUGGCACAAUCUGUACCUGCCCCGAUGGUUCGUUUCUGCCGCCGUGGUAGUCAUUGAUACUUCGAUAAUAACGACGACGUUCGUCCGACAUAUACCUAUACCCGUGCGUACGCGCUGGCACAAUGAUAAUACUAUAAUAAUAACGCGGUACACAACAUUUUCCCGAAACAUAAUGUAAUAAUAUAAUGACGACGAGACAGGUAAUUGGUAUUUUAACGAACCGAACGUGACGUUGCUCAAAAGCGAGCGCGACGCGCGGCGGCGCAAAACGAAUCGAAAACGAAAUCGAAUUAAAAACCAUAAACGAAUCCCAUCUGCUUUAUAAAAUAAAAAAAAAAACACCGCCCACAAGAAUCCGCUAUGCGUAAGCUGCUAUGCGACGUCGGCUGUUGAGUAUAUAUACCUCGCGCAUAUUAGAAAAUCUGUAUUUUCGUGUUGUAUCGUUUUGCCGUCAAAAUUUCGUGAUGGAAAUUUCGAAAAAUAACUCACAGAAAAGAUUUCAAGUGCUCCAAUACCGUGUUAAUCGUUAUCAUGUGCGUAGGCCGUGCGUGCCAAACACAUGCCGUUGUAUCUAUUUGGGCAUAGUGUAGGUACAUACAUGAUGUAUGUGUGUGUGCGUGUGCGAGCGCGGAACUAAUUAAAAGAAACAUUUUUAUUAUCAAUUAAUUUACAUAUAGACAACGGUGACGUUUUUAAAAAUCAUUUAUCAAACCAUAAUAGCACGGGCAGAACGACAUAUUAUUUGGGUCGACUUUUUUUAUUACUAUGACCUAAUGUACAUUAUCACAUAGAUACCGCGUCUACACGGCAAUAACUGACCUUAAGGCAUACUUGCGGUCGGCCCGGCCAAUCACGUAAAGGCCUAUUUUUCUAAUACUCUCGAGUCGAGCACGGGACGGCUGCCUAGUGACCGCACUCAAUUUUAAAAUAUUGUAUUAUAUAGGUGUACAUUUGUUUAAAGUUAAACCGUCACCAUCAAACCUAUGUCUCGGAUCCAAUCUAUAUAAAUUCCCAGGACCGGUCUAUUCACGAGUCUUCAUGUAUAAUAAAUAAGGUCGAUGGUGCAACGCAAGCGCUGUCGUUUUUUAACCGUAAAGUCGGUAAAAUUCGACCGUAGUUGUGCGUAAAAAUCGUAUUAUAUACUUUUUCAAUUUUUUUUUCCGAGAUCAUUAUACCUACCUAGUAGUGUACUAGUGUCUCGUAUUAAGUUAGGCCGCGCUAAUCGAAACUUCUUGUAAUUAUACGGUAAACCGACGACGACGAUAUUAUCGUGUUUAUACGACGUAGGGUCUGUAACUAGUAGGUAGUAGUUGUAUAUAGUAUAGUAAUAAUCGUAAUGUAAUUAUCUUACUAUCGUAUUUUCGCGAUUAAUAUGUAUAUAUAUAUACCUAAUAUAAUUAUACAUUUUACUGUGUCCCGUAUACGGUAUGUUUGUGCAACGCGGAAUUAAAUAAAAAAAAAAAACUGUAAAAAUGAAGUAGUGGCUGCAGCAGCUAUAUUAUGUUUUCACGGAUUCGGUGGCCGUGAUAAUAAUAGUAUUACUGUACAAUAUAUAUUAUUAUAUUAUACACUAUUACAGCUAUUAUAUUGGGACGACGAUGUAUUACGAGUAGUAUAAUGCUGCUGAACGUGCACAGUAUCUAUAAACGUACAAUGUAUAAUAUGAUAGUAUUAUAGAUUAAGGGGAAAAUAUACGUUAGGCGAGCACAGUGAUCCAAUUAUCGUCUCGAGUGUAUAAAAAAUAUGACAUGUGUAAUCAAUCGCGUGUCCUCGCAUAUUAUUCAUUUUCUUUCUCAAACCGUUUGUUGUCCAUCGAUACGUCUUUGUAUAUAUCAUUAUAUUAAGUAGAUUAACGUUUCAAACAUGACUUGCCAAAGCUCCAAUAUAUAUAGUCGUCGUCGUGAGUAUUGUACAUACACAUUAUAACAACCAAGUCCAAGAUGAAUAUAUACAUUUCUUAUUACGAACAUAAGUUUAUUAUAAGUUAUAUUGUUAAUUCAUAUUAUUUUAUUUUAUAUUUUGUAAUAUGUAUGCUUAGUCCUAUUUAUUGUUACGCGUGAAUAUAUAAUACAUUUUAUUAUUUUAAUAAUAUAUAUUCGAUGUUUAUAUAUAUAUAUAUAUAUAUAUAUCGUAUUAUGUACAUAAGUGAACAAAAGUGUAAUAAUAAUGCUCGUGUUAAUCUCGACUAAUGUCGUUCGAUUAACAUUUUUUUGUAAUAAUUAUAUUAUUAAUGUUGUUACGAUUAUGAUUAUUAAUUAAUCAAGUACAUAUAUUUACAUUUUAUACACAUUAUCAUAUAUAAUAUCAUAUAUUUUACAUACCAAUUUUUAUAUACAAUUAUUAUUAAUAGAGCCGUACGAACAAUUUCAGGUAAAUGUGUUAUAAAUAUAAUAUUCAAUAAACACGUGUAUAGUGUAUUUACUAUGUAGUACUAUAUUACCUAUAGUAUUAUGUAUAAUCUGCCUUGUAACAAGCUGGCGACUUUAACGACGUGCAUGAUUGUUUACGGCAGGUGCACACGAUUGUUUUGCGUGCUCGCCAAAUAUUAUAAUAUUUUUUUAUUAUUAUUAUAUCAUCAUUAUACCUAUUAUUUUGUAUAUAUAUAGAUAUAUAAAUAUUUUUUUUUGGUUUAAAAAAACAAUAAUAAUAAUAAAUAAGGUGCGCGCGUUGUAAACGAUGCAUAUAUUUUUAUUGUAAA